AGCCGUAGGAGUGGCGGAGUACUUCAUCUUCAAGUACGUUGGGCUUCUUUGGUCGCGGCGUAAUUUCCCGAUUCUGCGAAACCUCUUUGUUUAAUGGUAUAGAUGACUGCCUCCGCCAUGGUUACCGACGUCGCCAUCUCGACAGAGGCUUUCCUCGACCGGCCGGCGGCCUUAUCGGCCUUCUGCCGCCUCGGCUCGAGGAUCUCCCUCGGCCGCGAUCUCAUCGCCGCCGACAAGGCGGGGGAGCCGGCCGACGUGGACCCUGAUGGGGAGGAUUCUGGUGGAGACUUCGUCGACUUCGAGUUCCGGCUCAAUCAUCCCGUCGCCAUGCUCCCUGCCGACGAGCUGUUCGCCGAUGGGAAGCUGGUACCGCUUCAGCUGGCGGCGACGAAGCCGGUGUCGAUGCACUCCGUGGCUGAGAUCCGCUCGCCGGAACAGCCGAAGUCGCUGAGGGUGGCCCAGGUCUCUGGUUCGGACCCCUAUGUCUUCUCUCCCCGCGCGCCGAGCUGCACCAGCCGAUGGCGGGAGCUGCUCGGCCUCAAGCGGGCGGCGAUCACGAAGGCGGACCGCCCCGAGAACGUUUCGCCCGCCCCUGCUGCCGCCAAGUCCAAUAACCCUAACCCUGACGCCCGAUCCCUGAAGCAUUUCUUUCACCGGAACCACAAAUCGUCCCCGCUCGAGCCGUCGCUGAGCCUGCCCCUCCUCCGCGACUCCGACUCGGAAUCGGUCUCGAUCUCCGCCCGCCUCUCCCUCUCCUCUUCCUCCUCCUCCGGCCCGGACCACGAGGACCUCCCACGGUUCUCCCUUGACUCCGACAAGCCCAACCACCACAUCCCCAUGGUCCGGCUGGUCCGGCCGCUGCCGGCAGCGACGGAACUCGGACGGAGCCGGAUCAGGCGGACCGCGUCAUCGGAGAUGGCCACACCGCCGCCGCUGACCGUGCCGGUGGACAGCCCCCGGAUGAACCCGUCGGGGAAGGUGGUGUUCCACGGGCUGGAGCGGAGCUCGAGCAGCCCCGGAAGCUUCACGGGCGGGCCGCGGCCGCGGCCGCGGGGGAUGGAGCGGUCCUACUCCGCCAACGUCGUCCGGGUCGCCCCGGUCCUCAACGUCCCAGUAUGCUCCCUCCGCGGCUCCGCAAAGUCCAGCCCGGUCUUCGGGUUCGGCCAGCUGUUCUCGCCGCCGAAGAAGGAGAAGGCCGGGCCGGGCGCAUCCGCGGCUCGGAGCGGUGGCUGCGCGAAGACCAAGAGCGAGAAGGCAUCGAAUUCGUGGAAUUAGGCAGCAAAUCCCGCCUCUUGUUCAUCAAAGGUCGUUCCAUUACCCGUUCAAAUUUACCCUUCCUUAGUAGUGUUAAUUUCGGCUUCUUUUUUUCGCCUUUGGAAUUCCCCUCUCCAAAAUCUCUGCACGACGAUUCGCCUGUAAAUAUUUGUCUCGCGCAACCGUUCUCUUC